AUUGUUCUUCGCAUGCUGAGUAUCGAGUAUAUUAUUUUGAAGAAUUAGUUUGUAAAUUUUUUUUCAAUGAACAAAGUUCAUAAGCAACAGUAGUUCUUUUUUGAAUGUUCGCCAUACGUGUGUUCCGCACAAUAAAGGUCACAAUGACAUUUUAAUGUUACAUAUGUUCCGUCUUGUAACAUAGGGCAUGUUCCUGUGAUCGGACCAGCCAGAUGUAAGGACCCAAAUGAUUGCGUACUUGAGUGGUCCAAUUAACCAGAAUCGACUAUAUUAGUUAUUUGAAUCAAAUGAACAGACUCAUUAAAACAUUGAAUUAAAAGGCCACAUUUUGUCGAUCUGUAUUUAAAUACAGAAAUAUUAAAGGACAACUCGAUUGCAACAUUUCCUCUUUAUGAUCGGGUCAAGUUCAUUUUAAAAUAAUAAUUACCAUAAUUUGAAACAUAAUUAUUGAUUUCAAAGAGAUAAGCUUUAAAAUAUCGGCAUUCUCACCGGCUGAUAGGAAAGCAGGAGAAAAGUACUUUCCUAAAGAUUUCUUCCCAACGGUACUGAUUCUAAUUUUGCACUACAAAUUUUAGUCAUCAAUCAUUUUUCAACUUUAGUUAAUUCUGAGUGGUUAUUUGUGGUUGGUUUUUAAUUUGGGAGUCAGCGACAUUAACAUUGACAAGAAGCACUUUAGUCAUAACGAGAACACUCAUACUAUAAAUGACUUUUUAUUUUGUGUAGGAUCCACGGAGGAUGGAACACACUACCCACAAUACAAUAAUAUCUACCCUAGGUUUUUGAAAAAUGUUCCACAAUAAAACGAAAACAUUUCUUAUGGAAAUUAUGACACGUAAAAGUGUAAGCAAUACCAAACAGUCAGUUUGGUUCCUAUUCAAUUGUUUCAGUUUAGAAGGGUUACAACGACUCCUAAGAUAUGAAAGAUAACUCAUCCUAUGUAACACUUAAAAUUUAAGUGUAACACUUUCUUUUAAGUUUGCAGAUAUCUAUAUUAACAUUUAUGCAUGCAAUGAGAGCAUAAGUAUGUGUGAAUGUAAAGAAACGACGCUCACCUUGUGGUAUUGGCAGUAAUGGUCACAUAAAGAGUUCAUCUACAUUUGGUCGUUCCACAAGACAGCUAACAGAGCACCAUGACAGCUCUACUGGAAAUGCUCGACAUCAACACAGGCCUUGCUUUAGGCGUUGGCGUGUUGUCGUUGUUGUGGUGGUUUUCCGUCAGACGACCUGCAGGUGCACCUCCAGGACCUUGGCUGGCUGUACCACUGCUGGGUCACCUGCUGCUGCUGAUGAAGAAAGAUACUCUGGAGCAGUUCGCAGUAUGGCGACGACAGUACGGUGACGUGUUCAGUCUGUACCUGGGCAGCCGCCUGGUGGUGGUGCUCAAUGGCUACAAGGUCCUCAAGGAAGCGUUGGUAAACAACGCCGACACCUUCUCCGACAGGCCUCAUUUCCCUUUACUGGAUUUUACAACCAAAAGCAAAGGCAUUGGUGACACCUCUGGUGCGGUGUGGAAAGACCAAAGAAAGGUUUCUCUGGAUAUCCUACGUGAGCUAGGGAUGGGCAAAAACGUCCUGGCGGUAAAGAUCCAAGAAGAGAUCAAAGAGUACAUCAGGGUCAAAUCCGAGAGCAAAGGUCAGCCACUGGAUCUGAGCCACUUGACCCAAGCCAGCGUGUCCAACAACAUCUGCUCCAUUCUCUUUGGCAAACGCUUCGAGUAUGACGACGAUGUCUUUAGAAACAACCUUAGGUUGAUAGAUGCCAUUAUUCACGACGCUGGGGCGGGUAGCGCUGUCGUUUUUCUGCCUUUUCUUCGACACCUGCCAGGAGAUUGCUUUAAGUUGCAACGCUUUGUGGACAACUCGCGGCUUGUGUUGCAGAAGUUUAUUAAACCUUUUGUAGACGAGCACAACUAUAGGUAUGAGGAGGGUUCAGAGGACGACUUCAUUGACGCCUACAUCAGAGAAAUACAUCAUCAUCGCAACAGAAUGUCAGGAUCACCUCACAUCAACAAUGUUAACCUCCUGAAGACAGUCUUCGACAUUUUGGGAGGUGGCACAGACACGACCGCUACAGCUAUCCUGUGGGCUCUGGUUUACUUCCUUCACCACCCCGACGUGCAGGACAAGUGCUACGAGGAGAUCCACAGAGUUGUCGGCACAGAGCGAGCGCCCACCAUACAGGAUAGACCGCAGUUAGUUUACAUGGAGGCUGUCAUCAUGGAGGUUCUUCGUUAUGGCAACGUUGCGCCACUAAGUUUGCCGCAUACUACUCCAUGUGACGUGGAGUUUGGCGGAUACACGAUCCCUAAGGGCACUUUAGUCAUCCCCAACCUGGAUUCUGUAAUGAGAGAUCCGGAGACCUGGGGUGACCCCGAUAGAUUGCGACCUGAACGUUUCAUUGGAGAGGACGGCAAGCUGUGGAGACCUGAAGAGUUCAUUCCCUUCUCUACGGGUCGGCGCAUCUGUUUGGGUGAGACGCUCGCCAGAAUGGAAUUAUUUCUAUACCUGUCAACAAUGGUACAACAAUUCCGAUUCCUGCCUCCGGAAACUGGAGAGCUGCCAUCUUUGCAAGGCCUGAUGGGAAUAAUCCAUUGUCCUGAACAUUUCAAGCUUCGAGCUGUGCCUAGGAUGUGUUCUAAAAUAGAAACAUUUGAAUGAAAACGUCAUAACUGGAGCUGGCGUUAUCGUCUCAGAGGGAACCAACACACAUCUCAGUUUCCUAUUUAUUUAUACUCAAUGCUCUAUACUUGGAUGCAGCACAUCUCAGUCUCAAUUAUUUUUAUAUGUUUUUUUAUGUUACUUGUAGAAAGCACAGACUGUCGACAUAGAAAGGCCGAUCAAAUGUGUUUCGGCGGAAGUGGCAACAUAUUUGGAGUUUCCAAAUCGAUCUUAGAGCACACUAAACGAUAUUUUUAAACAGUUAAUAGGAUCACCUUUCGUUGGAUUUUAUUAUAUUUAAUACUAAUCCGCCAACACUUGAGUGAGUUAAACUUAUUUUGCAUAUGCUGUCAAGCCGGUGCGUUCAUGAAAAUGUAAUUGUACACUCUUAAGACAGAGACAGACCUUCUUACGAAAAAAAAAA